GCCGCCGGCGCAGGAGGCAUCCCCGUGGCGUGGCAAAGGGACGCUUAGGGCCACCGGGCGCUGAUUACAGCCCAGCACGCAGCCAGUUCCCGGGCGCAGGAGGGACCAGCGCGCCGAUCCCGAGCUCCCGGCCAGAGCGUUCGGCUAGCGGGGCGCGCCGCAGCUCCCGGAGCGAGCCGCGGAGCUCCGGGCCGGCGCUGCGAUCCCUGGCGCGCCCAGAGGGAUGCGCGCCUUCAGCCCGAGGCUCUGGGGCCGGUGAGCAGCGCGCAGCCGGCAUGGAAGCGGCCGAGGCGGAGCCGAGUCAGCCCGUCAGCCCGGCCCCAGCGCCGCCGCCUGAGAAGAAGAAGCUGCAGCGGGCGCCAUCCCCGGCCAGACCCAAGGAUGUGCCCGGCUGGUCCCUGGCCAAGAGCCGGCGCGGCAGCCACCCCGGCUCGCCGGCCUCGCUCUGCGGGAAGCAGGGCGCGGGACCCGGGAACUCGCGGCGGCCGGGCGGGGGCAAAGACGGGCGGCCCGAGAAGAAGGGGAAGCAGCCGCAGCCCGCCGGGGGCCGGGGCUCCGGGAAGGGGGUUCCGGGCCGGGCCGGGGCCAAGGCGAAGGGGCGGUGCCGGGGGCCAGCCGGGGAGGAGCCGCCGCCCCCCCUGAGCCUGACGGACAGCAGCUCGGAGGGCUCGGACUGUAGCGCCUCGGAGGAGGCCAAGCUGCUCUCGCUGGAGCUGGGGCUCAGCAGCAGCGAUCCCGAGUCCCCGGCCCUGCUCUCCGGCCAGGGCAUCUCGCCGCCGCCCGACGAGCCCUCCGCCGCCUCCAUGGCCAGCAGCCGCCUGCAGCUCAGCACCUCGCUGGCCUUCUCCGACCUCACCGAGGAGCUGCUGGACGCGGGGCAGGAGGGCCUGGCGCGGGAGCUGGAGGAGUUGCGCUCCGAGAACGACUAUCUCAAGGAUGAGAUCGAAGAGCUGCGUGCAGAGAUGCUGGAGAUGAGAGACGUCUACAUGGAGGAGGAUGUCUACCAGCUGCAAGAGCUCCGGCAGCAACUGGACCAGGCCAGCAAGACCUGUCGCAUCCUGCAGUAUCGGCUGCGCAAGGCGGAGCGCCGCAGCCUGCGCGUGGCACAGACUGGGCAGGUGGACGGCGAGCUCAUCCACAGCCUGGAGCAAGACGUCAAGGUGGCCAAGGAUGUCUCUGUGCGGCUCCACAACGAGCUGGAGGUGGUGGAGAAGAAGAGGAUCAAGCUGGAGGAGGAGAAUGAAGACCUGCGCCAGAGGCUGAUCGAGACAGAGCUGGCCAAGCAGGUGCUGCAGAACGAGAUGGACAAACUGCGUGAGAAUUCGUUGAAGAAAAGGGGAUCUCGUUCUGUGGGGAAGACUGAAAAGAAGCCUUCAGUCCAGGAGGACAGCGCAGACCUAAAGUGUCAGCUGCAUUUUGCGAAAGAGGAGUCCGCUCUGAUGUGCAAGAAACUAACGAAGUUAGCCAAGGAGAAUGACAGCAUGAAGGAGGAGCUGGUGAAAUACCGCUCCUUGUACGGGGACUUGGAGAGCUCUUUGUCCAUAGAGGAGCUGGCGGACUCCCCUCAUUCGCGAGAGGCAGAACUGAAGGCCCAUCUGAAGCUCGUUGAGGAAGAAGCCAACAUCCUGAGUCGGAGGAUCGUGGAGCUCGAGGUUGAAAACCGUGGGCUGAGGGCAGAGAUGGAUGACAUGAAGGGACAAGGUGACAGAGAGCUGAUGGGGCAGGACAUUCGGUUUGCUUUCUCCUCCACCUGCUGUGGGGACUCUGGGGAGAGCCAGGUGGAGCUAAGGCGACAUCUGCAGUUUGUGGAAGAGGAGGCAGAGCUACUGAGGAGGUCGCUGAUGGAGCUGGAAGACCAAAACAAGCUUCUCAUGAAUGAGCUGAACAAGUACAAGUCGGACCACGACCUGGACAUUACCCUGUCGGAGGAUAGCUGCUCGGUGAUCAGCGAGCCGUCCCAAGAGGAGCUGGCCACGGCCAAGGUGCAGAUCAGCGAGCUCAGCGGCAAGGUGAAGAAGCUGCAGUACGAGAACCGCGUGCUGCUCUCUAACCUUCAGCGCUGCGACUUGGCCUCCUGCCAGACCACGAGGCCGAUGAUGGAGACCGACGCUGAGGCUGGCGAUUCUGCGGACUGCAUUCCGACCCCUCUCUGGAGAGAGGUGCCCGUUGGAGGAGAGAAUGAUGCCAAGGACCGCCCUGAGAGAGGGCCCGGCAACGGCAACGGGAAGUCUCAGGACAACAGCCCCACCCGGCUGUUCAAAUCCAAGGACUUGGAGACUCUGCUUGGCAUCCGGGACCAGGCCGCACUUGUUAGCAAAGCCAUCGACGUCUUGAUUUCGGACUCCAAUGGCUUCACCUCCAGCCUGAAGGUGUGUCUGGACAACGACUGCAUGGACCUGGUGCUGAGCGAGCCGGUGGAUAACAGUGAAAGCACCAGUGACUCCAAGCUAAUCAACAUGAUCUUUGUGAGGCUCCGUGUCCUGCAGCAGGAGCUGAACUCCUUCAUGAGGAAGGUGGAUCACAUUGGGGACUGCUGGAAAGAGCAGAUGGACCCUUUCUCCUUCCUGCCCAGCUGCGGCCCCCAGGACUCUCCCAAAGGAGCACUGCGCAAAGAGCACAGCUCCGACUUCCAGCAGCCAGACUUUAGGGACGGCCCGGACUGGGACGCUGUGGGGAGCCGGCCCCCUGACCUGUACCGCAGCAACAACACCAUGGACAUGGACUCCAAUGUGAAACUCCCCAGGAACUACAAGCCCUACCGAUCUGACGAGAACGACUCCUAUGUCACCGAGAUCAAGGAGCUGCAGCUGGUGCUGGCUGAAGCCAACGAGAGCCUGCGGGGCCUGCAGGAGCAGCUCACCCAGGAGAGGCAGCUGAGGAAGGAGGAGCUGGAGAACUUCUCCCAGAAGAUCUGCCAGCUGCGGGAAGACCAGCAGAAGGCUCUCCUGAGACGGGAGUUUGAGCUGCAGAGCCUGAGCCUCCAGAGGCGGCUGGAGCAGAAGUUCUGGAGCCAGGAGAAGAACCUCCUGGUGCAGGAAUCCCAGCAGUUCAAGCAGAAUUUCCUGCUUCUCUUCAUGAAGCUCAAGUGGUUCCUCAAACGCUGGAGACAGGGGAAGAUCCUUCACAGUGAGGGCGAUGGCUUCUUGGAGGUGAACAGCAUGAAAGAGCUGUACCUGCUGAUCGAGGAGGAGGAGCUCACCCCACAGCAGCAGGCCGAUAACAAGACAUGUGCCGGAGACACCUGGACCCAGAACACGCCCAAUGAGUAUGUCAAGACCCUGGCAGACAUGAAGGUGAUCCUGAAGGAGCUGUGCAUGGAGCUGCGCGAGGAGAGGCAGGGCAUGAAUGAGCUGCAGCAGCAAUUUGCCAAGGCCAAGGCUGCCUGGGAGGUAGAGCGGACUGAGCUCAAGUGCCACAUCGCCCAGCUGGAGUCCAAGGUUGGGAAAGGGGUCCCGGAGCGAGCUCCAUCGGACUGGAAAGUGGCUCUGAAGAGGGAGCGAGAGGAACACCAGCACCUCCUGGCCGAGUCCUACAGCGCGGUCAUGGACCUCACCAAGCAGCUUCAGAUUAGUGAGAAGAACUGGAACCAGGAGAAGCUGGAGCUGCUGGACAGGUUCAAGGACGAGCAGCAGCAGGCAGAGCAGCAAGUGAAAGAGCUGCAGAACAAAAUCAACCAGCUGCAGAAGGGAGCCGACCGGUGGGCCGUGGAGAAGCAGGGCAGCAACUGGAAAGAGACGCUCAACGAAAAGAUCACCGACAAAGAGACCGUUUCUGAAACAGACCCCAAGGGAGCCAGUUUAAAAAGGACGAAGUCUGUUUCCUCGAUGUCUGAGUUCGAAAGCUUGCUCGACUGUUCUCCCUACCUUCCAGGCAAGACCAGCCCUGUGAUCCCUGACCACGCACGAAGCAAGGUGUCCCCAGCCACACAGCUACUGCCUAAUGGCAUAACAGACCCUGCAGGAGUCCACCCCAAGAACUGUACAUAUGUGACUACAGAGCAACCUGCCCCUGAGAGCCUGGCAAAAGAGAAGCCAGGCAUUUCCUCAUGGGAUUAUUCCCGGGCAAACAAGCUCUCUGGGCAGGAUCCAGCCCAGAAGCAAAUGCAGAGGAGCUACACGGCACCAGACAAGACCGGGAUCCGCAUCUAUUACAGCCCUCCAGUGGUGCGAAGACUGGAGACGCCGCUAAUCCACAACAAGGAGGGGAAGAUCAUGACUGAGCCGGGCUUCCUGUUCACAAUGGCCAAGCCGACAGAAUUGGAGGAAUCCGACCACUCGGAGAACACGUACAGCAGGUGGCUGUGCAACUUCUCCAAGCAGCACCGCGAGCUGCUGGACAGCCGCAGUGCUGACAAGGCUGGGCCCUCCGGCCCCAGGUUCCCAGCCUCCCUGCACGAUUUUGAGAUUUCCGGAAACAUGAGCGACGACAUGAAAGAGAUCACCAACUGCGUGCGGCAGGCCAUCCGCUCCAGCUCGCUGGAGAGGAAGGUGAAGAGCACCUCCAGUCAGACCACGGGGCUGACAACCAUCGGCACCCAGACCAUUCAGAUGGUGAGUGUCGGCCUGCAGACAGACACGCCCCGGGGAAACCUCCACAGCAAGAGCUGGUCCCCACGCAGCUCCUCCCUCAUGUCUGUGCGUAGCAAACAGAUUUCUUCGUCUCUGGACAAAGUCCACUCCAGGAUCGAACGGCCCUGUUGUUCUCCCAAGUAUGGCUCCCCGAAGCUCCAGAGACGGUCUUCCUCCAAGCUCGACAAUUCGAAGGACAGAAGCCUGUGGAACCUUCAUCAGAGUAAGCAAAAUGGGUCGGCCUGGGCUAGGUCGACCACAACCAGAGACAGCCCGGUCCUCAGUAACAUCAACGAUGGCCUGUCCAGCUUGUUCAAUGUUGUGGAGCAUUCUGGGAGUACAGAGUCCAUCUGGAAACCAGGCUGUCCAGAGAGCAAAGCCAAGCCAGAAGCCCCGAAAUAUGGCAUCGUGCAAGAGUUCUUCAGGAAUGUGUGCGGGAGGGCUCAGAGCCCCACUUCUGCCCCGGAGAAGAAAGAAUCACCGGGAGAUGAUGGCACCAAAAAGCAGGAUCACUCCCAGCCAGCCACCUGCCAUCCAUCUGAAAAUGUCUCCCGGAGCUUAAACAAGAAACUCCCGAAGCAAAGCAGCAGUGAGGAGCCCAAGGCGUCUUCCCCAAACCAGGGGAGCAAAGAUGGGACCCCAAGGGACCUGGACAUAACAUCUGUGAUAGCCAAUGAGGACACAGCAUGCGACUGCAGCUCCCAGUCCCUCACCUCCUGCUUCGCCCGCCCCUCCCGCUCAGCUGUCCGGCACUCCCCUUCCAAGUGCAAGCUGCAUCCCUCUGACCCCAGCCGGGCGGAGGAGAAGGCAGGGCCUCUGAGUGAGUGAGUGAGGGCAGCGGGGACUGGGCUAAGCCGUGUCUGCUUUCUGCGGCCCUGACGAAAGAGCACGCUUCCCGCCUGCGCCAGUUCCGCCGCAGCCUGCGGGACCCACCUGCCCGCCCCGAGAGAGCUGUGCUGGGGUCCCAGUGGCCCCUCGCUCUCGCAGAGACACAGGCGCAUGCACAUCUGUCUCCUAACUGUUCCCCAGCUGAUGGGGGCGAUUAAGAAGCAGAUGCUGCAGGAUAGUCGGGAACGGAGGCUUCCGGCGUUAUGCCUGGACCCGGUUCCAGGGACGGAGGGGAAGUUACUCUGGGCGGGUGUCUCCUGACCCCCAGGAAGUAGCCUGCCAGCCUCACUGCUCCUGCAAGGGAAGGAUGAUUCCAGGAGAGAGGAGGCCGUCCCCAGAGCCUGGGGUGGGAAGCUCUGUGCAAUUUCCAUAGACUUGCACUUCAGGGAGAUGGACCGUUCCCAUGCAGCUGGCGGGAGGUGAGGGGGGAAUGAAGAGAUGGGCCCUGCCUGCCCUGGGAUGUGGGGACUGGGAAUCACCGCCCUGCAGCAGCCUCUGGAAAGCCGGCAAAGCCAAGGCCCCGAGCCUGGGACUCCUUGGGGCCAUGCUGCUGGCAAGCGCCCUGGAGAGGAAUCAGCAGCAGGAGCUCAGAGAGCAGCUGGGUCAGCGCUCAGAGGAAAUGCCCCGGGCAUGCUGUCACUGCACUUCACAGACAGGGCUGGGGGCCGGGGGGGGGGGGGGGCCCGGGGGGGGCGUGCUGUAUAAAGCUGAUUGAUGUGUGUGAGGCUCUUCGCUGUGUUGUCUCCCUUGUCAUGUUGUCUUGGAGUGGCACUGGCACGCCCCUUCACUGACACGGCCUCCCCUCCCCUGCGCCUUGGGGCUUUGUGCAAACCCAGCCCAGGGUGGAUUGCCCUGCUGUUGCAUCAGCUGCUGCAGUGGUGCUCGGCUCGCUUCCUGUGCUGGAAGGAUGCCGAGGGGAGGAUCACAGGGGCAGGCACAGGGCACGUUCAGGCCCUUCUCCUCACCCAAACAAUGUUUAAUUCCCCACCCCAGCAGCAGACUGGCCAGUGCAGGAGGCUGAAGCAAGCUGCCCCCCUGGAAUGCUUGCCAAGCACAGAGCUAGCGCGCUGGCCGAGUGGCUGCAGCGGCUCCCUUUGUCUCUGGCUCGCCUAGCGGGACCCUGGCUCAGAAGCUGAGCAACCGCCUGGCCUCUGAAAGCCUGAUCUCAGGAAGCACAGCCAAAGGCAGAUGGGAACAGGAGCAAAUGCAAUGGGGGGUGGGGAGACUGCAGUAGAGCAGGGACCUAGCAGCCUUGCAGAGCAUAGGCCAGUGGGAAGUACAGUGCGUGUGUGUGUGUGUGUGUGUGUGUGUGUGUGUAUGUGAGAGAGAGAGAAUGUUUGUGUGUUCUCUCUUCCCCUCCCCUCUGGCGCAUUGGGCCAAGAGUACUGAAACCCUGGGGACAAGAUGAGCCAGGCCUGUGUUCCCCCGCAGCUGGCUAUGAGCAAGGUUCUAGUUACAGUGAGUCUGACAGCGGCUCAAGCCAAGGUGGCACCAUUUCCCUAGGUUGUGUCCCACCCAGUGUCUGACAGGUCUGGUUGGACGCAGAGGGUCGUCUUGGUCUCCUAGUUCUCACUAUUUAAGGUAUUUGUGCCUGGUUUAUGAUGUAAUUUGCAGAGGUCCCCGCAGGGUCAUUUAUUUGUGUGUUUGGCCUGAUAGCCUGGAGCUUGCUGUGGUUGUGUCUGAAUGCCCCAGUUGUGGGAGAUCGAACGGGGUGGUGUUGGGAGGAGGCAGAGGGCAGUGGGGCCACAGCUGGAAUUCAAUCUGAUGUUCCCCGACCCUUACCGGAUGCCUGGCUCUGACUCAGUGGCCAAACAGCUCUAGGACCCCUGCUUCUGCCCAGCAGCUCACACCGGCCCCUCAAGGACCCCUGCGCUCACUUCUUCCCAGCCCUUUUUGCUCCCUUCCUCGGUGUAGGUGCUGCAUUCUGGCUCGUGUCCACCGUAGGGGGAAUGGGAUUUUCUCCACACAUGCACUGCUGCCUCCAGGCCCAAGCAUUUGUGCCUUAGCAUGGGUUAGCCACCACAGUAACAAGAGUGGUACAAGUACAUGGGCCAGGGUAAUCCCUGGUGUAGAGAGUCAGGGCCGCCUUUGUCCCAGUGUGGUUCUCACCCGAGGCUUAGCGCCCAACUUGCUAUGGUUGCCCAGCACUAAAAGUUCCAGGACAUAGUGAGCUCUGACAGGGAACAGACUCCAUCCUAUCACCGAUACCACUGAGCUAUUUGCCCUUCGAUUGGGCCCUGUGCACUAGAGGAAGGGGGGGCAUUUGGACUUCGUAUUAAAGGUGCAGAAACAGCCUCUGAACUCCUAUUCCAGGCAGCUUUAUGUGGCACCAGGCUGGCCUGGUGAUGGCGUGGAGAGCUCUCAGACCAAGCCCUGUUAAUGAGCUCUAAUUAAAUCUCCCUGAACCUCUGGGGGUCGUAGCAGCAGGUGCUGGGCCAGGCCCAGGCUCACUUAGCAUCAAAGGCAAGGUUGCUGUGGCUUUCACCAGCUUUGCAGCAGGUUCUGGUGAGGAAGGAAGAUUCAGCAGAGCAGAAUCUGCCAGGCUGGGCAGUGCAGCGUGUGCUAGCAAUGCAGGCCACACCUCGCUGGCAAAACCCAGAGCAGACUGCAGCUGCCUGGGGAGCCUGUAGCUCCCAGCAUGCCCCGCUCCAGCUGGAGCUGAGCAGGGACUCUGGUGGUCUUGGGCUCCCCUGUUGUACUAAAGGCUAGGGCAGUUUGGGGUCACAGUGCAUAGACCUGCAUGGCAGCUCUCUGCCUCCCUCUGCUAAAGCUUCCCAGCCAGUAACAUUUGACUCCCACUUUGCCCAGGGCUGAGUGAAGGGCCCGGGGAUCAGAGCAUGUUCCCUGAGCCCCCUUCAGACACAGCAUUUAUUGUACCCUUCUGUGUCUUCCUUGGGCUGUGCUGAGUGGCUGCCCUGCCCAUGGAGGCAGGGUGGCAGGCAGGGCAGCUCUACAUGGCCUGGCCGUUCCCCUGCUCUCUGCUGCCAGGCGCCUGUCAGCGGGGAGGGUGAUUGCUGGAGCAAUCACCAGGGCUGGGGGGGGGGGAUUUGCUCUCUCUGGCCAUUUGUAAACUGAGGGGAUUGUUUUUUUUUCAAGAUCUCUAAUUCUAACAGGAAUUAAUGCAGGGAAGAGCUCGGGCCUGUGGUAGGCAGGAGGCCAGUCUAGAUGGUCACAACAGUUCCCUCAGGCCUUAGAAUCUUAAACAUCCCAGCACCUCCAGAGAAACGCUUGGUCAGUGCAGGAGGCUGCAGCACUGCCAUUGAGUGAGUGAGGCAAAGCGAUGGAAGGUCUGUAACCCGCCUUCUCGUGCUGCAUUUAAUACUGCAAUUAAAUCCAUCCCCAGGCCUCUAAGCCCUGGUCUGCACGACAGAGACAGCUCACAGCGACCUAACUCUGUAAGCAUCUACACCCGAAUGUAGCUCUCACCAAUGUAACUCGCCCGCUAUGCUGACAAUAACUCCACCUCCGCGAGAGGUAGAGCACUUAGGUCGAUGUAGACACUGCGUUGCUGAGAUCCACCAUCGCUGCCUUUCAGAAGCCUUCCCACAAUGCCCUACGCUGACAGUUAAAUUGGUGCAAGCACUCCUGGUGAGGACACGCACUGGUGCCACAAGAAGCACCGUGUGGACGUGCAAAGGCAGUUUAAUUACUGCGGUGGCUGGACAUCGCAACUUCGACUGUGUCUGCACUGCACUGAUGGAGCUGCGCCGCUGUAGCGCUUCUGAUGAACAUGCUCUAAGGUGACAGGAGCGAGCUCUCCCAGUGGCUUAACUUCUGCCUCCGCGAGUGGCGGUAGCUGUGUCGGCAGGAGGAGCUCUCCUGCCAACAUAGUGCUGUCCACACCAGCGCUCAGGUCAGUGUAACUUACAUCACUGGGGGUGUGGAUUAUUCACAUUGCUGAGUGACGUUUAUACUGAAGUAAUUUGUAGUGUAGACACCCAAUGGUCAACUUAAUUUUGUAGUGUAGCCUUGGCUAUCUCGUGUCUCUUGUUGCUGCAGUGUGUGUCCGGGGUGCGUUAGAGCAGGGAACGCUCAAUGACAUAGGGCGGGCUGUCCCUCGGGUGCUCUGGGACAGGUGACCUGCCACAGCAAAGCUCAGGGUCAGCUUGAUCCAGGUGCUUGGAACCCACUUCCCCAAUUCAGGGGGUGGGUGAGGGUGUUUACAGCCAGCACAAACUGACUGGCCCCUUCUUCCCAGGGCUGUUAGUUACGCUUCAGCAAGCCCCACGCUGUGGUCCCCUCCGCUCUCCUAGCAGUUA